GAGCUGCUGGGAGCAGCCGUGAGCCGCAAGGAGCAUGUGCAGCCCCUGGAGUUGCCGCUGGGAAACGUAGUCCUGGCCGUGCCUGCCCUGCCCGGCGGCGGGGUGGGAUGAGCAUCCCCUGGGGGGGGGGGGGUGCUGCAGGAUGCUGCCCCCCAGCCCUGAGGGCACAGCAGGGGUGCCCAUCAGGGCAGCCCUCAGGGCGCGGGGAGGGGACGGAGCGCCCCAGCCCCCCGGCUUUCCAGGGCUGCGAUGCAGCUGCAGCCCCAUGCAAAAGAGGUGGCAGGAACCACCUCUGUGCGCACGGCCCGCCGCUCUGCUGCUCGAGAGCAUGCAGAGGCUGGGGACAUGGGGACGGUCCCCCUGUGCCCUGACAGUGCUGGGGUCCCCUUGAUAUGGGAUCAGCCUCGACGCGGCCCCGAUACACGCCUGAGACAGCGGCCGGCACCGGGGGGCAGGGGGUGCCCCCAUGCCGGGGGUCCCGCCUGUCUGGGGUUCCCCUUCUCUCCCUGUGCUGCCACUGCUGGGGCCCCCCAGGGCUGUGACCCAGCUGGUGUCCCUGGGGACCCCUCCGGGAAGUGACGCUUUCCAUUUCGUGUCACACUCGGCUGCCAGAGGGGGCCGGGAGGGGGUUGCUGCUCCCCCCUACCUGCGGGGUGCGUGGCCAGAGACCGAGGGAAGGAUGGAAGAGGGGGUCACGUACGCAGAUCUGCGCUUGCCCCCCGUACCAGCUCCUCCGCAGCCCGUGAGGCUGCCCUGGCACUGGGCAGCCCUCAGCCUGGGUGUCCUGUCCCUGCUGCUCCUGCUGGUGCAAAUCGUCCUCGUCGGCUUGAGCUUCCACUAUUUAGCCCAGCAGGCGAGCUGUGCCCAGAGAGAGGAGGAGAGCCUCAGCUAUGUGCAGCAGUCUUUGCGAGAGAGCUGCCAGUUCUGCCCGGCCGGAUGGAUAGGGGACGCGGGGCGCUGCUACUACUUCUCCUCUGCCAAGAAGAGCUGGGAGCAGAGCAAAGACGACUGCUGCUCCAGGGGGGCGCAGCUGGUCACCAUCCGAGCCAACAGCACCCUGGCUUUCCUGGCACGCGUGACCCAUCUGGACAUCUUCCACGUGGGGCUGAAGCGGGACAGCUCCAGGUUUGAGUGGAAGUGGCUGGACGGCACCCUGCUGAAGGGGCGCCUCCCCCUCCAGCGUUCCAGCAGCUCCUACGUGGCCUGCGGCAGGGUGUCCGGCUCGGGGCUCUCGGCCGGCUCGUGCGGAGAAGCCCACGGCUGGGUCUGCGAGAAGAGCGCGGUCACCCUGCAGUGGCUCCGGUCCUCCAUCCCCACCUUCCUCUGGGGGAACACCACCUACACCUGCGUAGGGCCCUAGGACCGCGGCGACAGCCUGGGUGCUCCUACAGCCCUGCCUGACCCAAGCACGGGCACCCCGGGGUGCUGCCUCCUGACCCCUCUGCGUCCCUCCCCGUGGCAUCUCUGCGCGUUGCCAAUAAACUCUGGCACUCACGCUGUGGCUGGCUUUGGGG